AUGGGUGUUCCAGCCUUCUUCCGAUGGCUCAGUAUGAAGUAUCCAUCAAUCGUGUCCCACUGUGUGGAGAAACGUGGACCACUAGUGGACAACAACGGAACACGGGGACCGGUUGAUACGACUGAACCGAACCCUAAUGGCGAGGAGUUCGACAAUCUGUACCUUGACAUGAAUGGGAUUAUCCAUCCAUGUACUCAUCCGGAGAAUAAACCUGCUCCAAAAAACGAAGCUGAAAUGUUCGUUGCUAUUUUUGAAUACAUUGACCGCUUAUUUGCCAUCAUCCGACCCCGACGCUUGUUGUAUAUGGCUAUUGAUGGAGUGGCUCCGCGUGCUAAAAUGAACCAGCAACGUUCGCGUCGGUUUAGGGCAGCGAAAGAAUCGAGGGAGAAACAUCUGACAGUCGAGCGUUUACGACAUGAGCUGAUGGCUCGUGGGGCACAUUUACCUCCUGGAAAAGAUGCAUCUGAGCACUUCGAUUCCAACUGUAUUACACCCGGUACUCCCUUUAUGGCCAGACUGGCGGUCGCAUUGCAGUACUACAUUUACGACAGACUGAACUCGGAUCCCGGUUGGAAAAAUAUUAUGGUGAAUUUGAUUCUUUCUCUGAUUCGAUGUGAAAAUCUUGAAUAA